CCCAGUCGUCUGCGUGGAACAAGUCCUGCACAGUACAGGCUGUAGUGCGUGCAGCCCUAGCAGCAGCACCAUACUGACUGUACUCUGUAGUCGAGUACGCUCUAUCUAGUUCGUUGCCCCCUGCUUUUGUUGUGCAAGUACUUAGUUCUUGUAUUUGUAAUGACAGUUGUGUAACCUUUGGAAAAGUGACUGUAGCUCGGCCAUUUAGUUAGUAUUGCUUUCGGUCGUUCUCACCCGGGAAGAUACAGCAACAUCAGCCAUAUUGACCUCCAUUUGUCGGCCAGCAGAAUGGCGGGGUCGUCCUGCUCCAUUUUCAAACCGGACCGGCUCGUCUUCUGCGUCUCUCCUUCGAGUCGCGUCCCGCGCCUAGCGUCCAGGAGUUGUCACUAUUUCACCGUUGACGGUGAAUAUAGGUAUCAAAGCUUUGCGCAGGACUUUGGUCCGAUGAACGAGGCAGUUCUGUACAAGUUUUGGAGAAAGCUUUCCCUGAAGCUGGCGAAUCCGAAUCUGGAAAAUAAGACCAUAGUGUUCUGGACGAACGGACGCGACCAGUGUGGCAAGGCCAACGCAGCGUUCUUGAUAGGAGCAUUCUGCGUCCUGCAAUUGAACCUCGACCCGGCCUUCGUCAAUGAGCAGCUUAAACAGAAUGGGCCGUACCUUCCGUUUCGAGAUGCGAGUGCCACGAUAUCGACGUUUGGCAUUUCCAUCUUGGACUGUCUGCAAGCCGUGCGCGAGGCCGUCAGGUGGCGAUGGCUGGAUUUCUCCACCUUCAACGUGUACGAGUAUGAACUCUAUGAGACUGUAGAACAUGGUGAUUUCAAUUGGAUCAUUCCUGGGAAAAUACUGGCGUUUUGCGGUCCACACUCGAAAACCGUCGACCCAAAAGAUGGAUAUCCUACACACACUCCGGAGUACUACCAUGGCUAUUUCAAGGAGCACAACAUCACAACGAUUGUGCGCACCAACAAAGUUCUGUACGAGUCCACGCGUUUCACUAAAGCUGGCUUCCAAUUCCACGAACUAUUCUUCCCUGAUGGCACACCACCCAACAAUGUUAUCGUCGGAGGAUUCCUGGACAUCUGUUCAGCCACGUUCAAAUCAGGCGGUGGACUGGCGGUGCAUUGCAAAGCUGGACUGGGGCGUACAGGCACUCUGAUUGCUUGCUACCUGAUGAAAGAGUUCAAGAUCACUGCACAGAUGGCAAUAGCCUGGCUUAGAAUCUGCCGUCCUGGCUCAGUUCUCGGUCCGCAGCAGCACUUCCUUGAAGGGCUGGAGAGCUGGCUGUGGUCGUGUGAGCCAGACGAAGAGAGACCAGACACGCCGAGCAAAGACAUGAAGUCGAUAUCCGACCGUGUUGACACGAUAGCGCUGACGGAGAACUGCGACGCACAGCUGCUGAGUGCGACAGGCGCUCUGGACGCCAAGCUGCCCACGCAACCAUCGCCCAUCAAGCACACCACGACGCCGCCGUUGAGGAACAAACGAUCACGCGCCGGUGGCCGCACCACUGGCGCUCUCAUCAUCCCGGAGAGCUCCAGCGCCAGCGUGCGGGUUCCGGACCGCACGUCAUCACAUCCCUCACACACAGGCACACUCGUGUUUGACAGCCCAGGCAAGAUAUCAACGCCACCGCCUUCGCCACCGGACUCAUGGUGUGCAACAAAUUCUCUCUGUGUGACGGGUGGUGGGUUUGAUAUCUACCAACCAGAUCUGGGCAUCGGUCAGGUGAAAACACAGGGAGACUACCUGCGUGAGCAGAAGACAGCCAUGCAGCGAACCGGCAAUGUUGCUAGCAAGCGACGGCCAGCAGCACCAAGUACAAAGCCCAGGGUUACGCAAUCAUCUCCGGACACGGUUCCAAGACUACACUCGCAGCAGCCGCAGGACACGCACAAAUCUCCGAUGGAGUUGAGGACGUCACGUGGCAUGAAGACACCGCCAUGCCCCGGUCCUGGCAAACGAACGUGUGUGUUCCCAGAGCCGUCCUCCUGCAAGAUGGCGAAAACCGCCAUGGCCGAACCUCUAACGCACCAAUGCAAUGUGGGAGCACCGAAGCCAGGGUACGCAUACAAACUUAGAUCAUCAGUAAGAGAUAAGCUGGCCCCGAUAAAGCCACCUCGUCAGUCACAUAUCUAGCUCGGCAUUGCAUUCUGUUCAGAACUUGAAUUUCCGCAUGUUGUACUACCAUGCAUAGUGUGACCAACCAAACCUUUCUGGGGACUGGUAAUCUUGCUUCUCCUGCUUCACAAUGAAUGUGUCGGUGGAUACGCACCAUUCGUCUUGAGUGCAAUUUGACCGCUGUAUAAUUUGUUAAUGAAUUUAAAUCUGAAUUGGACAAUUGCCUUGUCGUCUUGAUUUCACCUUAUACCACCACCCCCUAUCGAGCAAACCAAACCGUUCAUGUUCAGAGAUCACUAUAUUUCAUGCAAUGCAUAACUCAAACCAUGGUGGGAUUGAGUCUCAGAUUUCAGUAGAACCAUGAAUAAAGAACGAUGAGAACUGCAAGAAUAAUGAUGUCAUCGGCGAAAUAACUUCCAAAAAACUUCCCAUUGCACUUUCCAGUUUUGUGGUGCUUUCUUACCCAUUCCAAAACAUUUCUUAUCCCAUUCUAGACUUUUCCCUUUUCCAUUCAUUCUAUAUACUCCAUUUUUCUCCCUUCAUAGACUAGUUAGAGGGGACCAUUUCCCCUUCUUUUAGACCCCGCAAUUCGAGGUCUCUCUUAGUUCCCCUCCCCACUUCGCCAUUGGGCGAGAUAUUUCUUCCCCAUUCUCUGCAUAUAGAGAUCCUUAUUUUUGUAUGUACUUAGUUAAACUGCGCGAGAAGCAGAGAGAGCA